CGAAAAUCUGAUGGACAAACUUCAAAUAUUUACCAAGCUAAAAACGUUGGGAGUAUUAGUUUCCCGUAAAUAAUGCAGUCAAAUCCUGCCACCAAACCGCAGGUGGCAAGAGGGCGCAAGCCGCUGAACGUCUCACCAUCAAGGGACUACCGUAGCGAGCUCCAAAAUGCGCUGAAGGUUUCGCCGCCUGGUGGUCACCUCAACGCCGUGAUAGCUUUGUAUACUUGCGAUCCCAUAAAGCUGAAGAAGUCCUACGAUCAAAUUCGCAGGUGCAUCAAAAGUGGCCUGAAAGACAAGGGGAUCGUGGAGGUGUCUGCCUUUGGUUCGCUGGUCACGGACUUGGCUCUGCAGGAUAGCGACCUCGAUUUGUACGUGAGAGAUUACAACGAUCCGUCCAUGUCCCAGAGUCAGUUGCAUGCCGUGCUCAUGGAUUUUCUAACCACCAACAAAGAUAAAAAAUUCUUAGGUGUCGCCAAGGUACCCCGCACCAGGGAGCCCAUUAUCCGGUGUAAGCAUCGAUUGUCCAAGCUGAACCUCAACAUCCAUGUGUACCAUCCGAAUGGCGCUUACAAUUCCGAGUUCAUCGGCAAUCUGAUGCGGCGCAGUAAGAUUGUGCGCGACCUGAGCCUGUUCCUGAAGAUCUGGUCGAAUAAUCUAAUUGAAAGCUGCAGAAUGAGUAACUAUUGCCUGAUCUGCAUGAUCAUCGUCAGCCUGCAGGAGCAAGGCCUGCUGCUCAGUGUCAAGCAACUGCAGGCAGGCUGCCCGCCGAACAUUUUCCGUGGCAUUAACUACGCGUGCACCUUGUUCAAAAUGCGACCGAUUCCGGAAGAGAUCACCGUCCUGGAGCUAAUUGAAGACUUCUUUGAACUCUACAGCACCACAGAUUUUGAAGCCCAAGCUGUAAGCCCGUUCUUCGGCUGUGUUAUGGACAAACAGCCAUUUCGGGAUGAUGAAAUUCCCGAGUACACGGCUCAAUUGGAGGCCAUGAAGGUGGCUGGGGCUGAACCACCGUCGCCUUUCCGGCUGAUUACAUGCAUGUACGUGCAAGAUCCAUUCGACAUGCACAGCAACGUGGCCCAGUCCGUCUCCCCACUGAGUCUAUCUUGGAUUAAAAAAUGCUUUAGCCUGGCAUCUCGCGCCACUAAGGAUCCGAAGCUACGGGCAGAACCGGAAAAGCUUUACGAGUACCUAUUAUUCGGCAUGAUGGAUGAGUUAGAUGAGAUGCAGGAAGAGGAAGAGCGUGCAAUGCGGGCACAAAAAAAGCGUAUGAAUCAAAGGAAGGAAGACCUUUAA